GAUGAUACUUGGUUCACGUGUGAACGUCCGCUUGCAGUACACUGCAUGGCUGUAGAUUGUAGCUCCUUGGCUGUUCGGGACCGUGCUCGCACGUUUGCCACUUGCCUUUAUUAAUUAGUAAGAAAGAUAAAAUUCAGGCGUGAGGCAGAUCGUGCACCAGGAAACGUGAGGCGUGAGGAGGAUUCAUCAAAUACGCAAAGAAGAUACUCCAUUCUCAUUCGACUGCCUCAUCGUCUCUGCACGGUCAGGAUGCAUUGUAUCAUUCCAAAGCAAGAAAGGAUGAUCAUUCAUCUAUGCAAACUCUGAUGCAGAGUAGAGCAUCUGAUAGGAAUGGCACGUGGACAGCAGAAAAUCCAGUCACAGGCCAAAGCAGCUGAGAAGGCUGCAAAAGUAAAGAAGCAACAAGGUCAUAGUGCCAAUGACCAAAAGAAAGCUGCACAGAAAGCCCUUGUUCAUGUCUGUGCAGUAUGCAAGGCACAGAUGCCAGAUCCAAAAACCUACAAACAACACUUUGAAAACAAACAUCCGAAGAAUGACCUGCCGGAUGACCUAAAAAAUAUAUGAGGGUAGAGGUCCUUUACACUCUUGUGGAUAGGUGGAGAAGAGGAAACAAAAGGAGACGAGAACGCCAGUUUGUGCAACUAACUCACGACGUGAUAUAGUUUAAGAUUCAUCUAACAAUUGAUUAACUUCAAACAGAGAAAUAAAUUACACUCCAUUGCUGCGUUAUCAAGAAACCUCAGUACAUGGAGUAAAUUUUAUGCACAAUCCCAUUAAGUCAUAAAAUCAGUGGUUUAACUGAAUUCAAAAAUAAAUAAAAAAACAAGUGACUUCAGAGUCAAAGCACUUUUUGAAAAAUGUCCGAAACACACAUGGAAUUGCGCUUAGCCGUAAAUAAUUGACAAAGUCUGUACCAUGGUUGUGAAACGUUACAGAUAAACAGUGUAUACCCGGAUUUCGCGGACGUACACGCUCAGCUGAAUAGAUUCAUAUGCAAUCUGAAAUAAGGCUAUGAAAAAGAAAAGUAAAGUAUUAUUGACAGGACUCUUUUUCGACGAAGAUGCUUCAUUUUAUACAAUCGAUUGCUUCUCUUUCACGUAAUUUAUCGAAGAUCUUUUGCCCAAGUUUAUACAUUUUCCUUUCUGUAAAGCAAUGGAUUCUAUAAAGCAUUUACUCUUUAGGUCAUCAAAUCACCUGUCCAUCAUCCAAGAAAGUAACUGCAAUCAAUGGUUAAUUCUUAAUAUAUUGAUUGUGUAGCUUAUGAAAAAGUUAGAGAAAUAAUAUUCCUCGUUAAUUAUCAUACGAAAAUAUGUAAAUAACGACUGGAAAAUAACUGCCAAGGUCCGGUCUGCCUGUGAUCAUCCUUUUUGAAAGUCUUUUACUUAAUUUUACAUUUUAGUCAGGCCUCAAAUACAAUAAUCAAUUAUUUUUUGUGAAAUAUCAUCUGCCUACCGUCAACAGAUGAUUCUGAUUACCUUAAUCUGUUAAACUUCAUUUGCGUUGUGACUAUUAAAAUAGUAAUGAAGCCUAAGACAAUUUAUAUAUAUUAGUUAUUCAAUUUUGACGGCUAUCCGAAUCUAACUCAUAACUUGCGGUACGUAAUUUACCUGCGAUAUUGAUCAAAAAUGUAAUUAAUUUCCUUAAUCAUACUUGAGUUAAUACUGUGAUGACGAACGGUCAUUCUAAUUCCAAGUAAAUUACCCUGCUGAUUUUUACGAAUUGAGGAAUGAGUGCCAAAAAUAGUGAACAGUAUCUUAUGUCAAGUAUGGUUUUGGAAACCAUUAAAGUCGAUCAUAUGGUGUUAAAAUAAAGGAUAAGUGUCUUACAAAAUUCGUAUUGUAAAACAAAUGUCCUCAUCUUCAGAUAUAACUAUCAGCGUUCGUUAUCGGUAGGGAUAAUAAAAAGUUCAAGCAAAUACUUAAUAACUUUUGGGAUAAUUAUAUGGCAUCAUGUAUCUUGUAUUGUCCUAAUUACAUUAUUUUACAUCAUAUUGCCGUUUUGUCACUCAAUCUGAUUGUGCACCGUUGCGGGUAAUUGUACACUUGUAAUUUUCUGUCGCGUAAACCAUGUGAUUCGUUUGAAAAUGACUCUUAUGAAAGAACAAAGCAGAUAUGACAUCAAUCUAAUAAAUUUUAUUGGUCGUUAA